GAAAGCGCAGCUGCUCGGCUGGAAUGCACGCCCCCUUCCCGCUCCGGUGACAGUCUCUGCGGAAAGUUGCGUUUGUGAUUUCUGCAGAGCGCCCAGCGGGACAGCGACGGUCCUGCCGGGUCGCCCAGGCCAGGUGACAGAGAAACGGUUUCCUGUGACCCACCCUCCCACCCUUAGGCAGCCCGCACCCCCAGGGCCGGAAGAUGCUGAGAUCUAUGUGGAAUUUUCUGAAACGUCACAAAAAGAAAUGUAUCUUCCUGGGCACGGUCCUCGGAGGAGUAUAUAUCCUGGGGAAAUAUGGACAGAAGAAAAUCAGAGAAAUACAAGAAAAGGAGGCUGCAGAAUACAUUGCCCAAGCACGACGACAGUAUCAUUUUGAAAGUAACCAGAGGACAUGCAACAUGACAGUGCUGUCCAUGCUGCCAACGCUGAGAGAGGCCUUAAUGCAGCAACUCAAUUCUGAGAACCUCACAGCUCUGCUAAAAAACAGGCCUUCCAACAAGCUAGAAAUAUGGGAGGAUCUGAAGAUUAUAAGUUUCACAAGAAGUAUCGUAGCUGUAUAUAGUACCUGUAUGUUGGUUGUUCUUUUGCGUGUCCAGUUAAACAUUAUUGGUGGAUACAUUUACCUGGAUAAUGCAGCAGUUGGCAAAAAUGGCACCACAGUUCUUGCUCCCCCAGAUGUCCAACAGCAAUAUUUGUCAAGUAUUCAACACCUCCUUGGAGACGGUCUGACAGAAUUGAUCACUGUCAUUAAACAAGCUGUGCAGAAGAUUUUAGGAAGUGUUUCUCUUAAACAUUCUCUGUCCCUUUCGGACUUGGAGCAAAAACUAAAAGAAAUCAGGAAUCUCGUUGAGCAGCAUAAAUCUUCUUCUUGGAUUAAUAAAGAUGGAUCCAAACCUUUAUUAUGCCAUUAUAUGAUGCCAGAUGAAGAAACUCCAUUAGCAGUUCAGGCCUGUGGGCUUUCUCCUAGAGACGUCACCACUAUUAAACUACUCAAUGAGACUAGAGACAUGUUGGAAAGUCCAGAUUUUAGUACAGUUUUGAAUACCUGUUUAAACCGAGGUUUUAGUAGACUUCUAGACAAUAUGGCUGAGUUCUUUCGACCUACUGAACAGGACCUGCAACAUGGUAACUCCAUGAAUAGUCUUUCCAGUGUCAGCCUGCCUUUAGCUAAGAUAAUUCCAAUAGUAAAUGGACAGAUCCAUUCAGUUUGCAGUGAAACACCUACUCAUUUUGUUCAGGAUCUGUUGAUGAUGGAGCAAGUGAGAGACUUUGCGGCUAAUGUCUACGAAGCUUUUAGUACUCCCCAGCAACUGGAGAAAUGAGUUUUGUUGGGGUUUUUUUCAAAAAAAAAAAACUUCAGUGGACUUCAUUUACUUUUAAAAAUAUACAGAAUAAGUCAACUAUAUAGGGUAAUGAUUUGUUACCAAAAUGCCUAAUAAAACUAUAUUCUUAAUCAAAGUUUUCAUUUCAGAAUGAAACAGAUUUAUUUGUCAUCUUAAUGGAUUUUUAAACUCAUAAACAGACUGGUUUUUGUGGGCAUAUCUGAAUGGACACAGCGCAAAUAUCAGAAUUUGUUACACCAUGGAUAUUAGUUUCAAACUGAAAACUAAUGUAGAUACUUUUUUUAAUAUUUGAAAUUCAGUAUACUUUGACAUUAAUACUGAGGUAAACUCUGUUGGGAAAUAGGUGUGAAGUUUGGAAAAUAUGCUAUUUAACCAAUCAUAAAGUUCACCGGACUGUAGUGUACAGGUGUGUAAAUCAGACUUUCCUCCAGUUACUCUUCAAAGGAAUCAAUUGUUUGUCUUAAAUGUACCUGAUGGAGGACUUUUCUUUUUAUGGAAAUCAGUGAAUUUACCAACCAUGAUCGGGAUUUUUUUCUUUACUAUUGUUUACAAUCCUUAGAAAAUUAUAUAGUGAUUUAGAGGCUAAAAUUGUGUUGAUGCUGUUCACUCACAGCUAUUAACUACAUAGUUUCAUUCAUUUGUAUGUAAAUAAUUUUAAUAACUUACUUUGUAUUGAUUUUGAGCAGUGGAUAUCUUAUUGCAAUAAAAUAUUUUAGUAAAAUA